AUGCCAGUUGCGGACAGCGAGAUGGUAGUGGACAACAGCCACGCGUUAUACGAGGGCAAAACCCCAAACAGCGCCGGGAAUGAAAACAUCCUCCCGGCCUCACUAUGCAGUCCUGCCGCGGACAUCCUCAAGAACUUUUACCACACCAAACGGGUCGGGAACUAUCUGAUUGGGCGGAAGCUGGGAGAAGGAUCGUUCGCCAAAGUUAGAGAAGGUCUCCACGCUAUGACUGGGGAGAAGGUGGCGGUGAAGGUGAUCGACAAGCGGAAGGCCAAGAAGGACUCGUAUGUGACCAAGAACCUGCGGAGGGAGGGCCACAUCCAGCAGAUGAUCCGCCACCCCAACAUCACACAGCUGCUGGACAUCCUGGAGACGGAGAACAGCUACUACCUGGUGAUGGAGCUGUGUCCCGGCGGGAACCUCAUGAACCGCAUCUACGACAAGAAACGCCUGGACGAGAGGGAGACUCAGAAAUACAUCCGGCAGUUGGUGCUGGCAGUCGAGCACCUGCACAGGGCGGGUGUGGUGCACAGGGAUCUGAAGAUAGAGAAUCUCCUGUUGGAUGAGCAGGACAACAUAAAGCUCAUAGACUUUGGCCUCAGUAACUGCGCUGGCAUCUUGGGAUACUCAGACCCAUUCAGCACCCAGUGUGGGAGUCCGGCUUACGCCGCCCCGGAGCUGCUCUCCAGGAAGAAGUACGGGCCGAAGGUGGACGUCUGGUCCAUUGGUGUGAACAUGUAUGCGAUGUUGACUGGGACUCUCCCGUUCACCGUGGAGCCCUUCAGCCUUCGAGCCCUGCACCAGAAGAUGGUAGACAAGGAGAUGAACCCUCUACCUCCCUCGCUCUCCACAGCUGCCAUUUGUCUUCUGAAGAAGCUUCUGGAGCCAGAUCCCAACAAGCGUCCCAAUAUCCACCAGGUGAUGGCAGACUCCUGGCUACAGCUGGCCAACAAGAACACAGGGGCGCCGUACCUCAACAGGAUCCACAUUGAGGAAAUAAACCACACGGUGUUGCUGCAUAUGACGGAGAAAAUGGGCUACAAGCACAGCGAGGUGCUGAGCGCCGUCCUCACCAACCGCGCUUGCCACACUUUGGCCGUCUACUUCCUCCUCAACAAGAAAAUGAAGAGACUCUCUAAAGAGUACAGGGAGAUGCAAUUCCAGGAGAAAAAGAAAGGAGAGAAGCAGAAAAAUGAAUACUUCCAGACCCAGUGGAGGAAGCAUGUCGACAAGCUCACCAUCCCCCCCAAACAGACGCCCGUCUACCUUGCUGUUAGCAAAGGGCCCAGUAAGGAGAAGAAACACAGGACAGGUCUACUGCGUGCCAUAACUGGUGGCCAUCGUAAUUCACCUCUGGCACCCCCUGGCACCGUUGCGUCUUCGUCGAUGGAAUAUCUGGAGAUCCACCCUCUCUUUCCCAACACCCCUCAGCAACGGAGGCGAUUGGCCACCCUCCCACAAGUCAAUACGAGCCCAGAACACAACAUUCCCGCUCCACCGGCACCGUCACCCAUUGGCAUGCAUUCCUUCGGCUCCCUCGCCAAAGCUGAGCAAAUCGAAGACACCCCGACUUCGCCCUGGUACAAGCUGACCAACGGUACGCUGUCCCCGCCACGCCACGUGUCUGCCUUCCAACCCGACUCCUCUUACUUGAAAAAGGCCACAAUCCCCAGUCCUCCGGUCCUCAUUGUCAACCCGCAGCCCAAGAAGAGCAUCUCAUCAGAUUGGUGCGGUUCUUCUGACACCAGUGGCAGCCCCCCCAGCACUGUAGGAAGCCCACCAGGGAGCUCAGCUUUCAGCCCGCCGAAGUCCGCCUUUAGCCCCCUCAACCCCACCUCAGCAUUCAGCCCUCCUUCCAACAGCAGCAGCAGUGAUCCCGACAGCCCGACGCACCGCAGCAAGUUCCCCUCUAUGGGAAUAGGACAGAUCCUAAAGAAGAAGGUUCAGCUGCAGCCGUUCACCUUCCGACCAGAACAAGUCGUUGAGGAAGUGGUGUCCCCACCUCCCUACCCCAUGCAGACGCUCCUCUGUGCUUCAGGUGCACUCAAGACCCUCUGCUGAGGGCUACAAGUAAAAAUAAAAUGAAAGAAAGUCAGACUGAACUCGAGGCCCCUCUCAACAUUUCAUUUAGUUGGAGAGGUCUUCCAGAGCGGCCUUUUGAACUGUGAACUGUCCCUUUAUUGCGACUGAGCCACUUUUCAUGAAAGACUUGAUCCUUCAAAUAAGAAAAAAAAAGAAGAAGAAAACAAAAGGGAUUAGAAUGAAAGUAUAUAAUAUUUUAUCUCUCAUUGCCGCUCUCGUUAUGUAAUAAGAGGUGGUGACACUGAGAAGAUGAGAUUUGAAACAGAUCCCAGAGCAAUGACUAAACCUUGUUGUGUCCUAGAUACAGAGUGGUCAUGGGAUGCCAUGUAAUAUGGGCCUUGCCAGCAAGGUGUACACACACACACACACACACACACACACAC